AUGACGUCGCGUACGGCAACUGCCAGGGCUCGAGCGUCAUGUCAUCGAUGCCACAAGAGAAAGAAGCGAUGCGACAGGUCUCUACCAUUUUGCACAAACUGCCACGACGCCAACGUAAGAUGCAGCUUUCUUGAUGAUGACUGCCAGACAGCAUCAUAUCCUAUAGCAUACGUCCGCAAUAUGGAGAGGAGACUUCGAGAAUUGGAGCAAAGGUUUGCCAGCGAUCAGCCGACUGAUCCCCCGUCUGCUGCCAUGGCCGAUGAUUCCACCAUCUACGGCACAGAGACGUCGACAUUGGGAGUCGACGUGUCGACCCUCAGUCAGCAGGAACUCCCCAGUGCCCUUGAGAACACCGAGCCGUCAGACAGCUCGCCCCAGCAGGCACGGCCUGUUUCCCAGGCCCGAUCACAGGUCAACAAUCCUUCCAUAUUCCAGGAGCCGGUGCCGCCGUCCUUUGUCGGCGAGCUGGAGACGCUCUCGCUCGAGGCCACGGCUGAACGCCAUCUUGGCUCGACUUCAGGCAUCUCCUUUGCCCGCCUCACGCAGCUCGUCCUCCGCCGUCUCAGCCCGGACAGGGCCGACUUCGUGUUUAUCAAUGAUCAAGAGAACUACAGCGGGUCCCGACUCUUUGCCUUCGAUUCGCCCUCGGAUCUGAUGCACCCUUCUCUGUUUGAGAGCCUCAACAAGUCCAUAUCCAUCCACCCAGCCCUGUUUGGCGACGUCGUCCUCGCCGACGAUGUCCCCGAUCCGAGCGAUCCCGUGGCCGACCUGUGUCUGCCGAGUGACCAGUCGCAUGUAGACCGCCUGGUGGACUUCUACUUUUCCCACUCGAAUACCCUGUAUCCCAUCUUGUACCGGAGCGAAAUUGUCGAGAGUCUGAGACAGAUCCGUUUGAGUCCCGAUGGCACGGAGACACAUCCACCUCUCUCCCUCUUCAGGAUAUGGAUGGUUCUCGCCAUCGGGUCAACUGCGUACUGUUCGGUCGCCUUGUCCGAGGAAUCUGAAGCCAGGCUGUACUAUAAUAAAGCCCUGGAAUACCUGGAGCAGGCUUCGGCAUACGGUGACAUGAACUUCCGUCAUACCGAGCAGGGACGCUGCCAUUCGCUGACAGACUAUCUAAAGGCGACACUAGAGGUCAUCAUGCUGCAAGUAUCGUUCUCGUUCUUCAAUCAGCUAGGUCCAAGUUGGUCUCGCCCAGACACUUGGUUUCUGGUUGGUCUCGCUGCCCGCCUGGCACUUGGCAUGGGACUGCACACGUCUGGGAUAUACGUAGGAAUGCCAGUGGAUAUGGUGCAGAGGAGAAAACGUAUAUUCUUUUCUAUUUAUAUGAUGGAUCGCGUCGUCUCAACAGCCCUAGGUCGCCCCUUUGCUCUCCAUGAUGAUGACAUUGACACUACGCCUUUUGCUCCCGUCGAUGACGACUGCAUCAGGCCAGACGGUAUACUUCCACAAAGAGAGCUGCAGCCUUCCCUCAUGGCCAUUCCACUGCACAUCGUGCAGCUGAGAAGGAUUGCCGGGAAGAUUGCCAAGCAGGUAUAUUCCAACUCUCAGGUCUCUUCCCUGACCAUGGAGCAGCGCAACGGUAUAAUCCGGUCGCUGCACCAGGAGCUCAUCGAUUGGCGGCGGAGCAUGCCCUUCCCUCUUCCAGACAUCAACGAUCGCGUUCCCCACCUGACGACCAACUGGUUCGACUUCAACUUCUACACACACCUAGCCCUCCUGUACCGACCGUCUCCCCUCUUGCCCACCAUGGACCAGGAGCGGGUCAAGACCCUCAUGGAGGCGGCCUCGAUGUCUCUCCGCCAAGCCUUCAACAUGCACCGCCAGCAUCGUCUGUCGUACAACUGGCUCAAUCUCCUGUCACUAUUUACCGCCACACUAUCUCUCAUAUACUCGACUACUGUGCAGCCGGAUGAUCUUGUGAUAAUUCUCAAAGAGACAAAGGCCAUCGACGACCUUGACUUGGCUAUCGAAUUAUUUGACACGCUGGGUACGAAGUUUCCCGCUGCAAAUAAGAUACGGGGAAUGAUUGAGGAGAUAUCUAGACGAUAUAAAGACUUACGCGACUCGACUACGCGAUGA